AUGAAGCCGUAUUUUGGACUCCGGGGUACAUCCCUGAAUAUCAUGAUCAGUAUUAUUGCUGGUCUGGAUUUCUUGCUUUUUGGAUAUGACCAGGGUGUGAUGGGAGGUCUGUUGACUUUGAGCUCGUUUGUCACCAUGUUCCCUGGAAUUGAUACAACCAACGCGGGUGAGGUGGGUCUCACUCAGCCACAAAGGAGCAGUCGUUCCACAGCACAGGGUAUUACUAUCGCCUCAUACAACUUGGGUUGUUUCUUCGGUGCCGUCUUCUGUAUUUGGAUUGGCAACUACCUCGGCCGUCGCAAGACUAUCUUCACUGGCUCCGUUAUUAUGGUCAUUGGUGCAACCCUCCAAUCAUGUGCAUACAGCCUUCCACAUUUGAUUGCUGGUCGGGUCAUCACUGGUAUUGGCAAUGGCAUGAACACUUCAACCGUUCCUACUUGGCAGGCCGAGUGCUCCAAGGCGCAUCACCGCGGCCCACUGGUCAUGCUGGAAGGUUCUCUCAUUGCAGCUGGAAUCACCAUCAGUUAUUGGAUUGAUCUAGGAUUUUCCUUCCUUGACCCCAGCUCAGUGGCGUGGCGAUUCCCAAUCGCUUUCCAAAAUGUCUUCACACUCGUCAUUCUUGCCGGCGUGUUACCUCUGCCCGAGUCUCCCCGCUGGCUGAUCAUGAAAGGCCGCGAGGAAGAGGCAAUGGAAGUGUUAUCGGCCAUCUUGGAUCUUCCCGAGAGCGACGAAUACGUUCACUCCGAGUUUGCUGCUAUCAAAGAUGCUGUCAUGGAUGCUAAUACCGUUAGCUUCCGGGAUCUGUGCACCAUGGAUGAGAACCGUCAUCUGCACCGUGUUGUUCUCGCCUACGUCAACCAGAUGUUCCAGCAGAUUUCGGGUAUUAACCUGAUUACCUACUAUGCAGCCACUAUCUACGAGAACUCCAUUGGUAUGGAUGGUCUCACGUCGCGUAUUAUGGCUGCUUGCAAUGGUACCGAGUAUUUCCUCGCAUCCCUAAUCCCUAUUUUCAUCAUCGAAAAGGUUGGCCGUCGCAGUCUGAUGCUGGUUGGCGCUGCUGGUAUGUCUGUUUCUAUGGCUGUCCUGGCUAUCUGCACUAGUUUCGAAGGAAAGACCAAGCCAGGUAUUGCCGCUGCCGUGUUCUUGUUUGUUUUCAACACCUUCUUUGCCUGGGGUUGGUUAGGUAUGACCUGGCUCUACCCAGCCGAGAUCGUUCCCCUGCGCAUUCGUGCUCCUGCGAAUGCCCUCUCGACCUCCGCAAACUGGAUCUUCAACUUCUUGGUUGUCAUGAUCACCCCUAUAGCUUUCGAAAACAUCAAGUACAAAACCUACAUUGUCUUCGCUGUCAUUAACGCCUUCAUCUUUCCCGUUGUCUACUUUUUCUACCCCGAAACUGCCUACCGAUCCCUCGAGGAAAUGGACACCAUCUUCCAAAAGACAAACAGCGUCUUCAGCCUCGUCUCCGUCGCCCGCAACCAGCCCCACCGCUACGGGAAGAAUGGCGAGCUCCUCAUCAACUACCAAGAUACUGAGGAGCACCUCCGUCGCGCUAGCCACGUGUCUGAGAAGCACGGCAAGACCUUUGCUUCGAGUGGUCUGGAAAGCGGCAAGGGUGCUCAUAUCGAGAAUCACCAAGACAGCAUCUCCACCAGCAGUUAA